AUGUCUUUUCUGGGUGCCCUCAAGCUCUCGGAUAGCUGGGAUUCCCGUAUGCUCCUUCUGGCUUUUCCUGUAAUCCCGGCUUUGACAUAUCUCAUCACCUCACUCCAAGCACGACAUGAUUUGGUACGCUCAAAAUCCAAUGUCAAAGAUGUUGCCAAAAAUCCCCCAACCGUGCCAUUUUCUAUACCUGGCCUCGCCCAUACGAUACCCUUUGCCUUUAGGACAGUCCCCUAUCUCAACAGUCUCCUGACGAGUUUUGGAAACAUCCCUCUGCUCCUCCGAGUUGCUGGAAUGCCCAUGUACUUCAUCCCUCAAGGGGAAACCAUCAGGGAUCUCUUCAGGAACUCGCGAGUCUUGUCCAAGUACAGCGUGGGAAUCAUGCUAAAGCGCCAGUUCGGCAUGAAGGAAGAAGACAUCGCCGUUUGGGCAGCAGACAAGUCUGGUAUCUCCCCUCACCCUGCCCCUGGGUACGAGAGCAUCGCCCCGGAAAAGCGCCUUUGGUAUAUUAUCCAUCGAGACCUACACAAUCAACUCUCUGGAUCAGCUAUCAAUGUAAUGACGGCAAAGUUUACCGAGAUUCUCACCGAGAGCAUGGAAAACAACACUAAUAUCAAGCAUGACUAUUGGAUGGUAAUGCCGGACUUGUACAAGUUUCUUCGAGAAGAGAUAUUCAAGGCAGCCGUUCAAUCCUUGUGUGGUACGGGGCUGCUUGAGCUUUGUCCGACGUUUGUCGAUGAUUUCUGGGCCUACGACGAUGCAUUCCCUACAAUAUUUAGAAAGGUACCGAGAUUCUUCGCGCCGAGGGCAUACGCGGCACGCGAGAAAAUGCUUCAAAACCUGAAACGGUGGCAUGAGUGGGCAGCGGCCAAGUUUGACUGGACCUCACGAGACGCUCUUGAAGCCGAUUGGGAGCCUAUAUACGGUUCGAAAAUCUCGAGAGCCCGAGCGUUAAUGCUGAGGAAUUCGGGGAUGAGUAUCGAUGGAUGGGCAGCUCUUGACGUUGGAUUUGUCUGGACGGUGAACGCCAACUCUAUCCCGGCCGCAAUCUGGGCUGUUCUGGACAUUAUCCGGACUGAGGGGCUUAGGGAGCGAGUCAUGGCCGAGACGGAGCCUUGCUUCACCGCGGAUAGCUUUGAUUUCGAUGUUUUGAGACUCUGUUCACAGCCGUUGCUUAACUCCAUCUACAUGGAGGAGCUACGUCUACGAGCCGCUGCAACAGUGACCCGGCAGAUUGUCACUGAUGACUUUCGCCUCGGACGGUGGAAAUUCCACAAAGGUGCGAAUAUUUUCGCGAUACCAUGGUUCGGCGGAAGGGACGAGACCUUCUGGAACACGGGCAGGAUCGAUGACCCUCGCGCCGUAUCACGAUUUUGGGCUGAACGGUUCCUGGAAUAUCCUGAUGAUCCAGCCAGCGGACCGAUACGAAAGCACGAUCAACCUGAAAUCUACCAGAGUCCGGGACCGGAGAAGGCCACGAAGUCGAUGACGGCGGAAGAUGACAGGGACGCGAAACUCGUGUCAACAGGCCUUGAGAGUCACUACUUCCCGUUCGGAGGCGGGCCUAAGAUCUGCCCGGGGAGAUUCUUUGCGAAACAGGAGAUUAUGGCAACGGUUGCGGUGUUGCUGAGGGCCUACGAAAUGGAGCUCAUCGAUCCGGUCGCUGCGGAGAAUGUUGGUGAGGACAUGGCGAGGUUCCCCCUUGGAACCCUGCCGCCUAAGGGAAGCAUUCCGUUUAGAAUUCGACGGAGACGGUUGUAA